ACUAUUUUAAAUAGUGUUGCAGGAAGACAUACAAGACACACCUGCUGAAUCUCACAGUAUCUGUAUCACAACCUGAAAGCCAACAUGAAGCUCACAAUCGUACUCUGUGCUUCAAUGAUCCUUUACCUGUCUGUUGCUUUGGCCCAGAAUGUUGUGCCAGAGCCCAGAGAGGCAGACUGUGCUCAAUACCUAAGCGAUGCAUGCUCACGGGAAUACAACCCUGUGUGUGGAGACGAUGGCCACACAUACAGCACCGAGUGCAUGCUCUGCCAAGACAACAAGGAGAAGAGGCAGGAUGUCCGUGUCAUGUACAAGGGGGCAUGCGUGGCUGAAUAAACAUCUGUCUCCUGAUGGACAGCAAUGAUGAAGGCCAUAACUGCAAACGCUUACUACUGAAGUUUCUUGGAAAUGACAGCAUCCUUUUUAGUUCAAGUCCUCUUAUGUCUUCCAAAGUCCUCUGCUUUUCGAUUUAGCUCUGUAACCUCAUUGAGCAUGUCUAAGAAGACAUGUAUGGUAAGGUGCAAUAAAUUUACUUAACAGUA